UUCUUAUUUCCUCUCUCUCUCUCUACUCUUUCUCUUUCUAUAUGUAUAUGUGUGUAUGUAUAUAUGAAGUGGAAAGAGGAAAAGAAAUAUUCCAAGAAAUGUGAAGAAAUUCAUUGGUUGGUCAGAUAAUGUUAUUAGAAGCAAAAGCACAUUUUAACUUCUCCUUGAAACUCCUCUCCUGAGUGAUUUUGGUGGCCGCCUGCUUCAUCUUCUCUCUCUAGAUUUCUGCAUUUCUGCUUGUACAAACCCCCUUUUUUUUUUUUCCUGUUUUCUGCGGCUGAAAUCUUUGCCUACUUUCUUGCGUGGUAGUUCUUUAGUCUCUUCGAGUCUUGAUCUUUUUCUCUUAUUUGCACAUAUGCUCUAAUUCUUGAGCUGAAAGUAUUUCGUUUGUUUCUGAGCUUAAUUCGGAAGGGGGUUGCAGAAAACCGGUUGUUUGACGGAAAAAAGACGAUCUUGACGGGGUUUGGGCUACUGGGUCUUCGCAGAUUCUAGUAGUUCUGUGAGAAUUCUCAGGAAAGCUUGAAUUUUGCUGGGUUUUUGCGGUGAAGAGUCUCUGGAAAGUUCAACCUUCGGUUAUUCGUAGACGGUCUUGAUGGCUUUGUCGGCGUGAGAGUUUUGAAGUUUUCAGCUGAUUUGGAGGAAAAAAGAGAAAGAAAAACAGGAAAUAGGAGAUAGUGUUAUCACAUGUCACCGGUUCCAAUUGAUACCGUAACUCUUGAAACGGCGUCGCUUUCUGAAGGUUCGCGUCGCUUUGCUGAUCUUAGAGGGGUCCAAUGGCGCAUAGAUUUGGGGAUUUUACCUUCUUCCCCCUCUGCAUCCAUCGAUGAUCUUCGCCGGGUUAACGCCAACACUCGGAGAAGGUACGCUACCUUAAGAAGACGGCUUCUAGUUGAUCCACAUGUGCCAAAAGAUGGUGGUAGUUCUCCUGAUCUUGUCAUGGAUAAUCCACUUUCCCAAAACCCAGACAGUAUGUGGGGUCGAUUCUUCAGAAAUGCUGAGCUGGAGCGAAUGGUUGAUCAAGAUUUGACACGCCUAUACCCUGAAAGAGGCAGCUAUUUCCAGACAAGUGGAUGCCAAAGCAUGUUAAGACGAAUUUUAUUGCUUUGGUGCCUUAAAAACCCAGAGUAUGGCUAUAGACAAGGUAUGCAUGAACUUUUGGCUCCUCUUUUGUAUGUUCUUCAAGUUGAUGUGGAACUUCUCUCUGAAGUCAGAAAAAAGUAUGAUGACCACUUUGCAGACAAAUUUGACGGGUUCUCAUUUCAUGAAAAUGACUUGACAUACAAGUUUGAUUUCAAGAAAUUCUCGGAAUCUGCAGAAGAUGGUAAUGGAAUUGGAAACAGUUCUGGAAAAGCUAGUAGUCUUAGUGAACUUGAUCCAAAAAUACAAACCAUCGUUUUACUGAGUGACGCCUACGGAGCAGAGGGCGAGCUUGGUAUUGUCUUAUCAGAAAAAUUUAUGGAACAUGAUGCCUAUUCUAUGUUUGAUUCUUUGAUGAGUGGGGCUGGUGGUGCCGUUGCCAUGGCAGAAUUUUUCUCUCCUUCUCCUUUCAGGAAUUCAUAUAGUGGAUCUCCUCCUGUAAUUGAAGCUUCUGCUGCCCUGUACCACUUGCUUUCCAUUGUUGAUUCAUCUCUUCACAGUCACCUUGUUGAAUUAGGAGUUGAACCACAAUACUUUGCACUCCGUUGGCUACGUGUAUUAUUUGGACGGGAAUUCUGUUUGGAAGAUCUUUUGGUGAUCUGGGAUGAAAUUUUUGCACGUGAAAAUUCAACAUCGAACAAAGCCGUUGAUGGUGAUGCUGAUUCCAACUUUGGAGUUCUUGAGUCACCAAGGGGGGCGUUCAUUUGCGCAUUUGCAGUUUCCAUGAUACUUAAUUUGAGGUCUUCAUUGCUUGCCACAGAGAAUGCCACCACCUGCCUCCAGAGAUUGUUGAAUUUUCCCAGUGAUGUAAAACUUACAAAGCUGUUAGCGAAGGCGAAAUCCUUGCAUGCCUUAGCGCUAGAUGCAAACAACUCAAUAUCUAUACAUAUUCAACCAGGGUCGUGUGAUGCAAGAAAAUCAGCUGUUACAAGGGGUCAUAGCCUUUCUCUGGAUUCAACUUCUCCGAGGACUCCUCUAAAUAUGGUAUCUGAUAGCUACUGGGAAGAGAAGUGGAGAGUUUUGCACAAGGAAGAAGAAAACAAGAAAGGUGCUGCGGAAGAACAAAUUCCAAACCGUAGGAAUGGUUGGUCAGAGAGAGUAAGACUGCGCCUGUCUAGAACGGCAUCUGAUCCUUCCCCAUCCAAGAAAAACGAUAGGACCAAAAUUCCAAAGCCAUCUGUCAGGAGAAGUUUGUUGGCAGAUCUGGCACGACAGCUUGCCUCAGAUGAUGAAAAAGAAAAUAAUGGGUCCGAUGAAGAUUUUGGCCACCACGAUCCGUUGGAGGCUAAUGGACAAGAUGUUGCUGACAAGAACUAUGAGAAUGAAACGAGUGAUAAGAACUAUGAGAAUGAAACGAGUGGCGCUGUCAGUGAAGAAAAUUUUUCCAAUUUCUCAGAUCCAACUGGUCCGACUCAUGGACAUAGUGAUAAUGAGAAUGAAUCAGGAAGAAGCAGCGUUGCGUCGAACUCAUCAAUUGAUGAAAAUGAUGCCGAGUCAUGUGGGACUAACACGGAAUGCUCGUCUCUUCCUGUCUCCAGUCCCCCUGAUGAUCCCUCAUCAAAAUGUACAGAGAAUGAUGAUUCCGUAGGAAAAUUAGCAACGUGGCCAAAGGAGAGGAAACUUCUAUCUGCUAAAUUUCAAUGGUUAUGGAAGUUCGGAAGAAAUGCUGGUGAGGGAACAUCUGAGAGAACAACUGCUCCUCAAGAUGCAAAAGCUUGCAAUGGGGGAAGUCAUCAGAACAAUGUGGCCAGCAUUUCCUCUGCUGACGGGUGCGACCGCUCAUCUGGAACCAGCAAGGGAGAGACGGUUGACCAAAAUCUGAUGGUUAGCUUGAAGAAUCUUGGUCAAUCCAUGCUUGAGAACAUUCAGGUGAUAGAGUCUGUGUUCCAGCAGGACCGAGGUCAUAUGGGAUCCUUGGAGAACUUCUCGAAGAAUGGUCUUGUUGGCAAAGGACAGGUUACAGCCCUGGCCGCUCUCAAAGAGCUUAGAAAGAUCAGCAAUCUCUUGUCUGAGAUGUGAUGUAUUUAUGUGUAGAUUCUUUUAAUUUAUUUCUCUCUUGAGUAAGUGAAUAAACGGUCAUCCCUCCGGCUUUUUCUUGUAUCAGGUCAAAUUUUGUUAUUACCAAAAAUGUCAUUGUAAAUACAGAUUUUCCAUCAAAUAAGAUGAGACUGUUCGCUAUGUUAA